UGUUUGGUGUGAGAAAUAGACUCUCCCUGAAAGUUUUGGUGUCAGGUCAGCCAAGGUCUCUUCUCACUCCUUCCUUCCCCAGCUGUCCCUACAUUGCGUCUACCGGAGUCCCACACACCAAGGGGAAAUGUAUCUCUGACAGCGCAUGUUGUAGUUUCUCUCGUUACCAGAACGUGUGUUGUGACCCUGGGCCAGUGAUGGCAGAGGCGGGAGAGGAAGCUCAGUGUGGUAAUUUCUCAGAUGAUGGUCCUAACUUAGAAGAGGAUAGCCCAGUUACUGGGCUCUUGGGCACCAUACUGACGGUCAUGUGCCUUUUUGGGAUGACAGGGAAUGUCUACACACUAGUGGUGACAUCCAGAGGCGUGUCUGGCCACUCAGCUGGCUCCCUGUGUGUCUAUGUGGUCAACCUAGCCCUGGCUGACCUACUCUACCUCUCCACCAUCCCCUUCGUGGUAUGCACGUACUUUGCCCAGGAUUGGUUCUUUGGGGAUGUGGGCUGCAGACUUUUGCUCAGCCUGGACCUCCUCACCAUGCAUGCCAGCAUCUUCCUGCUGAUGGCCAUGAGCCUGGAGAGGUACUGGGCAGUGACUAGGCCACUAAGGGCCAGGCAGACCGGGAACAGCUGCCGCAAACUCACCAGCCUGGCCCUCUGGCUCCUCUCGCUGCUGCUGACUGUGCCCAUGAUGGUCAUGAUCCAACAGCGGGACAGCAGCAGUCACAACAAGCGGAUCUGCUUCCCCACCUGGACGCCCGAGGCCUUCCGCGUUUACCUCACAGUGCUCUUCAUCACCAGCAUUCUGGCUCCUGGCCUGAUCCUGGGCUUCCUGUACUGCCGCCUUGCCCGAGCCUACUGGACCUCAGUGGCGGCCAUGCAGCCGCGGGUGACAGGCCGGGCCUUGAAGCAGAAGCUGUUCUCCAGGAUUUUCAGCAUCAUUGCAGCCUACUGGGCCUGCUUUGUACCCUUCUGGGCCUGGCAGCUCGCUAAGCUGUACUGGAGUGAGGGCCUGGGGAUCAGCCCUACCGCCCAGGCAUACCUUAACUUUGGAGUGACCUGCCUGACCUACGGCAACAGCUGCAUCAACCCGUUCCUCUACACCCUGCUCACCCGGAACUACCGCGAGCACCUGGCCCAUAGCGGGGAGAGGCAGGCUGGGGAUCAGGCCUUCUUCUUGACGGGGAACCAGGGUAGGGCCCAAGCAGAAGGCAUGCCCAUGGCCUCCAGGGGACUGCCAGGCGGGGGGCUUGGGAAAGGAAUGGGGGGAACCUCUGGCAAUUAA